GGUAAAAGUGGACAGGGAGAAGUCAGGAAAGAUUGCAAAGCCGUGCUCGGCAGGAUGGAAGAGAGGCUACGGUCCUCUCCCGGUAUCUCAGUUUUAGCAAGCCACACUUCAAGGCCAAGGUUUUCUGCUGACAAGCCCCACCCCUGCCCUCUGUGGGCAAGGACGAGGCCCACCCUACGCAUCCCCUGUAGUGUCCUACUCGGGCGCCCUGCAGUGUGCCGGCGGGCCAAGGGUUAAACGCGGCGGGAGCCCCCGGCGCGGGGCAGCCGCGGGCCCGGAGUGCUUAGUCAGGAUUCCGAUUUCCUGCCGAAGUGUUUGGAUUUCCUGCAGCCCGCGCCCGCCGCCGCCGAGCGGGAUCGAGCGAGAGGCUCGCGUCGCCGGCCUCCUCCCCCUCGGCACAUGGUCGCCCGCCCCUUCCUGCGCCGCGCUCGGCUCCCGCGCCUCGCCCGGCCCCGCCGCGCCCGUGAUGGAAUAAUGCCCAGCGGCCCGCCCGGUCCCGGUCGUUUUCGGAUGUGACGGCUGAGACAUGAGAUCUUCAGCCUCCCGGCUCUCCAGUUUUUCCUCCAGAGAUUCACUAUGGAAUCGGAUGCCGGACCAGAUCUCCGUGUCCGAGUUCAUCGCCGAGACCACCGAGGACUACAACUCGCCCACCACGUCCAGCUUCACCACGCGGCUGCACAACUGCAGGAACACCGUCACGCUGCUGGAGGAGGCUCUAGACCAAGAUAGAACAGCCCUACAGAAAGUGAAGAAAUCUGUAAAAGCAAUAUAUAAUUCUGGUCAAGAUCAUGUACAAAAUGAAGAAAACUAUGCACAAGUUCUGGAUAAGUUUGGAAGUAAUUUUUUAAGUAGAGACAACCCUGACCUUGGCACUGCUUUUGUCAAGUUUUCUACACUUACAAAGGAACUGUCCACGCUGCUGAAAAAUCUGCUCCAGGGUCUGAGCCACAAUGUGAUCUUCACCUUGGAUUCCUUGUUAAAAGGAGACCUGAAGGGAGUCAAAGGAGAUCUCAAGAAGCCAUUUGACAAAGCCUGGAAAGACUAUGAGACGAAGUUUACAAAAAUUGAGAAGGAGAAAAGAGAACAUGCAAAACAGCAUGGAAUGAUCCGCACGGAAAUAACGGGAGCAGAGAUUGCAGAAGAAAUGGAAAAGGAACGGCGCCUCUUUCAGCUCCAAAUGUGUGAAUAUCUCAUUAAAGUUAAUGAAAUCAAGACCAAAAAGGGUGUGGACCUGCUGCAGAACCUUAUCAAGUAUUAUCACGCACAGUGCAAUUUUUUUCAGGAUGGCUUGAAAACAGCUGAUAAACUGAAACAGUACAUAGAAAAGCUGGCUGCUGACUUAUACAAUAUAAAGCAAACCCAAGAUGAAGAAAAGAAACAGCUAACAGCACUCCGAGACCUAAUAAAGUCCUCUCUGCAGCUUGAUCCGAAAGAAGUAGGUGGUUUGUAUGUUCCCAGCAGGGCUAACAGUGACUCUCAGAGCCGGCAAGGCGGGUACAGCAUGCAUCAGCUCCAGGGCAAUAAGGAGUACGGCAGUGAAAAGAAGGGGUACCUGCUGAAGAAGAGUGAUGGGAUCCGGAAGGUGUGGCAGAGGAGAAAGUGUGCAGUAAAGAAUGGGAUCCUGACCAUCUCACAUGCAACUUCUAACAGGCAGCCGGCUAAGCUAAACCUUCUCACCUGCCAGGUGAAACCAAAUGCCGAGGACAAGAAGUCUUUUGACCUGAUAUCACAUAAUAGAACAUACCACUUUCAGGCAGAAGAUGAGCAGGAUUAUGUAGCGUGGAUAUCAGUACUGACGAAUAGCAAAGAAGAGGCCCUAACCAUGGCCUUCCGUGGUGAGCAGAGCACAGGAGAGAACAGUCUGGAGGAUCUGACCAAAGCCAUCAUUGAAGAUGUACAGCGGCUCCCUGGGAAUGACAUUUGCUGUGAUUGCGGCUCAUCAGAACCCACAUGGCUUUCAACCAACUUGGGUAUUUUGACCUGUAUAGAAUGUUCCGGAAUCCAUAGGGAAAUGGGGGUUCACAUUUCUCGCAUUCAGUCUUUGGAACUAGACAAAUUAGGAACUUCUGAACUCUUGCUGGCCAAGAAUGUAGGAAAUAAUAGUUUUAACGAUAUUAUGGAAGCAAAUUUACCCAGCCCUUCACCAAAGCCCACCCCUUCAAGUGAUAUGACUGUACGAAAAGAAUAUAUCACUGCAAAGUAUGUUGACCACCGGUUCUCCAGGAAGACCUGUGCCUCUUCCUCAGCAAAGCUGAAUGAGUUGCUUGAGGCCAUCAAGUCCAGAGACUUACUUGCACUAAUCCAAGUCUAUGCAGAGGGGGUGGAGCUAAUGGAGCCACUGCUGGAACCUGGGCAGGAGCUCGGGGAGACAGCCCUUCACCUUGCCGUCAGGACCGCAGACCAGACAUCUCUCCAUCUGGUUGAUUUUCUUGUACAAAACUGUGGGAACCUGGAUAAGCAGACGUCUGUGGGAAAUACAGUUCUGCACUACUGCAGCAUGUAUGGCAAGCCGGAGUGUCUGAAGCUGCUGCUUAGGAGCAAGCCUACCGUGGACAUUGUUAACCAAAAUGGAGAAACUGCCUUGGAUAUAGCAAAGAGACUCAAAGCUACCCAGUGUGAAGAUCUGCUUUCCCAGGCUAAAUCCGGAAAGUUCAACCCACAUGUCCACGUGGAGUAUGAGUGGAAUCUGCGGCAAGACGAAAUGGAUGAAAGUGAUGAUGAUCUGGAUGACAAACCAAGCCCCAUCAAAAAGGAGCGCUCACCCAGACCCCAGAGCUUCUGCCACUCCUCCAGCAUCUCACCACAGGACAAGCUGGCACUGCCAGGGUUCAGCACUCCACGGGACAAGCAGCGGCUCUCCUAUGGAGCCUUCACCAACCAGAUCUUCGUCUCUACAGACUCACCCACAUCACCCACCACUGAGGCUCCCCCUUUACCACCUAGGAAUGCUGGGAAAGGUCCUACUGGCCCACCUUCUACACUCCCUCUAAGCACGCAGACCUCUAGUGGCAGCUCCACCCUGUCCAAGAAGAGGCCUCCUCCCCCACCACCCGGACACAAGAGAACCCUGUCCGACCCUCCCAGCCCACUACCUCACGGGCCCCCAAACAAAGGCGCAAUUCCUUGGGGUAAUGAUGUGGGUCCAUCAUCUUCAAGUAAGACAACAAACAAAUUUGAGGGGCUUUCUCAGCAAGCAAGCACCAGUUCUGCUAAGACGGCCCUUGGCCCAAGAGUGCUUCCUAAACUACCUCAGAAAGUGGCACUAAGGAAGACAGAAACCAGCCAUCAUCUCUCCCUCGACAAAGCCAACAUUCCACCUGAGGUUUUUCAGAAAUCGUCACAGUUGGCAGAGUUACCCCAAAAGCCACCACCUGGAGACCUACCCCCGAAGCCCAUGGAACUGGCCCCUAAACCCCAAAUUGGAGAAUUGCCACCUAAGCCUGGAGAACUGCCCCCCAAGCCCCAAUUAGGUGACCUUCCCCCGAAGCCACAGCUCUCAGACUUACCUCCCAAACCACAGAUGAAGGAUCUGCCCCCCAAGCCACAGCUGGGAGACCUGAUGGCAAAGUCCCAGGCUAGUGAAGUCUCAUCCAAGGUGCAGCCACCCUCAGAGGUCACACAGAAGUCACACACGGGAGAUCUCUCCCCAAACGUGCAGACCAGAGAUGCCAUCCAGAAGCAAGCAUCUGAGGACUCCAAUGACCUCACCCCCACGCUGCCGGAGACACCUGUACCACUGCCGAGAAAAAUCAAUACGGGAAAAAAUAAAGUGAGGCGCGUGAAGACCAUUUAUGACUGCCAGGCAGACAACGACGACGAGCUCACGUUCAUCGAGGGAGAGGUGAUCAUUGUAACGGGGGAAGAGGACCAGGAGUGGUGGAUUGGGCACAUCGAAGGACAGCCUGAAAGGAAGGGUGUCUUUCCAGUGUCCUUCGUUCACAUCCUGUCUGACUAGCAAAAAGCAGAACCGUCUGUCCGUCCACACCCUUCAUGCCAGACCGCUGCCUCCAUGUAAUCUUGUAUACAACGUGUAUAUAGCUGCUGUUACAGACCAAGAACUCAUGGAAGGGCCACUCAGGAGGGGAAUAUAGUAUGUAUUGUAAAUAUCCUGUGGUCUUCGGCCUUCACCAGUAUUAGGGUAGCCUCGGGAACUGGUGCGCCUUACUGGUUUGCCAAAGCCAUCGUUGGCAUCUAGCACUUACAUCUCUCUCUCUCUCUGUGCUGUUUAUGAGCAAACAAAAAGCAGGAGUAUAGGAACUGCUGGUUUUCCAGGUAAAGAGUCUCCAGCAGCUGUUGAAGGGUGCAGAACUGACUCCUCCUAACAAUGCAGUAUUCUCAAUGGCGUUACUGAACAUGCAACAUUAGCAGAGGUGGGUUCUGUGCUCCAGGCGGAACUUUAAGUUAGCCCCCUGGCCUGCAGCCUGUAGUUAUCUGUGUACACAGUUUACAGCUACAAAGACCUACUUUGGUAUUUAUUACAGAAAAGUGCUCAGUUAAAUGUCUUACUCCUUCAGCAAAUAGUCACUGACACAAAGUCCUCUGCAGCAUUUUACAGUGUACGCAGCCUCGUGCAAGUUUAGGUGAGUGGAUGUGUACAUCUUAUGGCGAGUGCCCACCCCUGAGAUAUUACCUCAUUAUGCAAAAAUAACAUAUCCUUCAUGACUAUUUUGACAAAAGCUUAAAACCACGUCUGAUGAAGUUCAACUUUCAGGAACCAAGGACUGCCAGAAAAUAUCCACCUCUACGUUAUGCAUGCAUCUAGAAGCUUACCCGAAUUCUGCCUUUUAUAAAGGAACAAACAUAUGAAGAAGUGAACUGUACAUUUUUAAACUUGAUUGCCAUUAAAGCAGAAGUUACAAGAUUGCAACAAUACUUGUUUCUGGUCACUCAUUUGGCCUUCUCCAGAGUAUUUGCACAUCGCGUUGGCGCAGCACCCCUCAACCGUUCUGAAGCGUCCAAAGUGUCAGUUUGAAAUGAUUUUCUUCAUUUUGUUCUUGAUUAAACCUUUACUAUUCAAGAUGAAAAAUUGUCAAGUCGGUCUUUGAGUUUUCUAAUGCAGAAUCCAGGUGCUGACACCAAUUUUCCCUUUUUCUCCUCCUUCCAAUUCUCGUCUCUAAACUCCAGUUACAGGUUAAUUUUCUCAUCUUAAACUUACCCAGUAGACAUGUGCCCUUCAAGUCAGUCUAUAACCGAGCUGUGGGACGCUGCUAUGAAUUGCACUGUGAUAAAGCUCUCUGCAAGCCAUCUCUGUCUGUCUGGCUAUCUGUCUGUCUGUCUCUGGUCUCUUUUUGCUUGUGUUUCCUUUGUUUCGUUUUUUUCCCCUCAGCCCAUUCAUCACGUUGCAUUUCCAUGUCCAGCUUCAGUCUGGAUUUGGGGUGAGAAUGCAGUGGUUGUUUGUCCUCCUGGGUCCAGGACUGUUCUGAUUCCAAGGUGUGUUGUCCUUCUGGACUUAUGUUUGCUUGAGUUGCUGUUCUGACCACGGCACAGAAGACAAAUACUUUUUAGCAGAUAAUCUCAGCAGUGAAUGAGAAACAUUGAUUUCACAGAAGCACGGUUCCCAUGAAGCUUGUGGGAAGAGCCCUCUCAUAGCCACCGUGCUCAGAAAAUACUAAUUUAGUUCUGCUUAAAUGGUUACCGUGAGAACUCUGAAUAGCCACCCAAGAAAUAAAUCAAACCUUGCAUGACAAACCUUCAAGACACUCCACCAGCUGUCACUGGAAACUGAUCUUAAGCAGUUGCUUCCAUAGUGUCUGGGCACCUGUGCAUCCCCACGUUAAACCAAGAGCAAAAGGUGCCAGUCAGCAUGCUAGCGUGCAGCCAGCAACGCCACCAACCUUGUUUUAGAGGCCAUAAUGGUUUUAGGAAUGUGGCGGUUGCCCAGUGUCCUAGUUUGUUCAUCAUUCUUAAGAUGCAUUUGAAGUUGCAUUCAGAAGGUCUAGGCGGUUUUCUGCUGACUUGAACAUAAGCUGGUUUUUAAACAAGCUCUGUCUCUACAAUGCCAGAGAGUUAAUGAUGUCCUCUUCUGCUACAGGAACUCACACAAAUGUAUGUUUCUUUUCUGGUUUUUGUUUGUUUCCCAUCAGGAUUUUGAGUUCUCUCUACUCCAUUGUGCUGUGGGACAUAGGAAAACUAGGUAGACAUUCCUUUGGCAAUCUUGUUAAGUUUAAAUCUGACCUUGUUCUGGAACCUUGAUGAGCCACUAUCUGCAAUUUUGUACAUGACAUAAUAUUUUGAAGGUAUGGAACCGUAAGAAAGAAAGCAAAUUCAUUCCUUUUUUCUUCCCCCCUUUAGAAAGGAAAAUUAUGUCUGCAAACAAUGUGUCUUAUUUUCCUGUUGGACAGCAAUUGUUAUUUAUUUUUUUUAUUGCCUACAAUUUGGACAUGGUAUAUAGGAGCCCUGCCAUGCCUGCCUCUAGUUAAAUCCCACAUUCUUACCUGGGAGCCACCACCAAGCAUCAGUACACUUUUCAUUUCACAUGUAUUUAAUGUGAGAGUUUCUCAGUACUGUAUGUGUUCAUUUCUACUUUUUUAAUAUUUAAAAUUGCUUUUAAAUAAACAUAUUCUCAGUUGA